AGUGUUCUUCUCCAGUCCUCUAGUCGGCGCUAGACGCUGUGUUUGGGUUGAGCAGACGUCAAUAAACGCGAAGCAGGAGCAGCAUGAGCCGAUGUGUUGGGAUCACGUCUGUGGAUAAUUUUGUGACAUAAUUUGCACAAAUUUAUAGUUUAAUCAUGCCGAUGAAGGGAAGAUUCCCUAUACGGAGGACACUGGAGUUUCUGCAGAAAGGAGAAGUCGUGUUUAAAAAAUCUGUGAAGAUUAUGACCGUCAAUUAUAACACACAUGGAGAUCUGAGUGAAGGAGCAAGGAAGUUUGUGUUCUUCAGUAUUCCUCAAAUCCAGUACAAAAAUCCCUGGGUUCAAAUAAUGAUGUUCAAAAACAUGACACCCUCACCCUUUCUCCGAUUUUAUCUCGAUGAUGGAGAGCAAGUGUUGGUGGACGUAGAAGGAAAAGACCACAAAGACAUUACGAACCAUGUGAAGAUUAUCCUUGGCAAGUCAGAUAAAGUUCUUGAAGCUGAAGCUCUGGCUAAAAUGGAGUUGUCUAACCCUGCUAACUUUGGGCCCAAGAAAUAUUUCCUGCGGGAGUGUAUCAGUGAAGUGGAGGGUCAAGUUCCUCAUCCUGGUUUUGUCCCGCUUCCCAAAGAGAUGACUGGCAAAUACAGGGCUAAACUGGCUGCAGCCUCUGAGUAAAGACUGUUUGGGAUGAAUGUGAAAACGCAUUAGAUGCUUAAAAAAAAAAAAAAAAAUCUUAAUGGUCCAUAAACGUUUUUGGUGGGUGUGAUGAAUAUGAUUUGAUGUUUGUGACUUUCACUUAGACUGUGGAAAGCAGACUUGUUUUAUAAACUUGCAAUAAAUAAAUGCAUUUGGUGA